UUGCUGCAAUUCAUCCGCCAGCCGAUAACAAUGGACAACGAUUGAGUUCUUGAUGUCCGUAAUUAAAAAAAAAAAAAGACAGUUUCGCAUCGAGUCCAGAUAUCAGGAGAACAAAGAAGCUGUGAAGGUCCUUCAAUGUCGUCUUUUUCAGAUGUCCGACUCGUGGGAGGAAGUUCGUCCAGCGAGGGCAGGGUUGAAGUGUACCAUGACGGACAGUGGGGGACGGUCUGUGACGACCGUUUUGACAUGAGCGACGCCAACGUGGUCUGCCGUCAGCUGGGAUACGGAGGCGCUGUCGAGGUCCGAGGGUCGGCAGCCUUCGGGGAGGGGGAAGGCCCGAUCUGGCUGGACGACGUGGCCUGUGAGGGUUCCGAGACGAGCAUCGAAGACUGCGGCCACAGAGGAUGGGGCUUAGAGAACUGUGUGCACCUUGAGGAUGUUGGUGUGGUCUGUUCGGGCGUUGAUGGCGGCUGGACUUCCUGGAGCCCAUGGUCCGCCUGCAGCGUGACGUGUGGAGUUGGUGAGCAGACUCGGGACCGAAGCUGCACCAAUCCUGCACCAGCUCACGGCGGGGCGGACUGUUACGGACAAACUCAGAAGACACAAACAUGUUACACGAUGGUAUCCUGUCCAGGCAUCCGACUCGUGGGUGGAAGUUCGUUCAGUGAGGGCAGGGUUGAAGUGUACCAUGACGGGCAGUGGGGGACAGUCUGUGACGACGAUUUUGACAUGAACGACGCCCACGUGAUCUGUCGUCAGCUGGGGUACGUAAGCGCUGCCGAGGUCCGACCUGGAGCAGCCUUCGGGGCGGGGUCAGGUGAGAUCUGGCUGGACGACGUGGCCUGUGAGGGUUCCGAGACGAGCAUCGAACACUGCAGCCACAGAGGAUGGGGCAUAGAGAACUGUGGGCACAGUGAGGACUCUGGUGUGGUCUGCUCGCAGGGCAUCCGCCUCGUGGGUGGAAGUUCGUCCAGUGAGGGCAGGGUUGAAGUGUACCAUGACGGACAGUGGGGGACCGUCUGUGACGACGCUUUUGGCAUGGACGACGCCCACGUGGUCUGCCGUCAGCUGGGGUACGGAAGCGCUUUUGAGGUCCGAACUCGAGCAGCCUUCGGGGAGGGGUCAGGUGAGAUCUGGCUGGACAACGUGGCCUGUGAGGGUUCCGAGACGAGCAUCGAACACUGCAGCCACAGAGGAUGGGGCAUAGAGAACUGUGGGCACAGUGAGGAUGUUGGUGUGGUCUGUUCGGAUGGGGCAGCUGUCAAUAUCGCUCGAGGCAAGACGGCCUACCAAACAAGCUCCCAGGGGUACUGGAUACCAACUACAGGCGAAGUGUUCAGUGGGGAAGCCGGUCUUGCUGUAGACGGCAACACCAAUGGCAAUUAUUCGGAAAACACCUGUACGCAAACGAAGUGGGAGGCCAACCCUGCGUGGUGGGUGGAUCUUGGACAAUCGUAUGUGAUUAACAGUGUGGUCAUAUUCAACCGCCUGGACUGUUGUUCGGAUCGACUCAAUCCCUUCAACAUCCACAUCGGGGAUUCCGGCACGGUUACCGCCAACCCCAAGUGUGGAGGUGACCAUCGGAUCGACCUCGGCCAGCCGUCCAUUUCCGUUUCCUGUAGGGGGAUGAUGGGACGGUACGUCGGCAUUCGCCUGAUCGGUUCUCAUCGAGUGAUGUCAUUGUGCGAAGUCCAAGUCUUUUCGCCAGUUGAUGGCGGUUGGACCGAUUGGAGCCCAUGGUCCGCCUGCAGCGUGACGUGUGGAGUCGGUGAGCAGACUCGGGACCGGAGCUGCACCAAUCCUGCACCAGCUCACGGUGGGGCGGACUGUGACGGACUGGCUUAUAAUAGACAAGCAUGCGACACGAUGGUUUCCUGUCCAGAUAUCCGACUCGUAGGAGGAAGUUCAUCCAUGGAGGGCAGGGUUGAAGUGUACCAUGACGGGCAGUGGGGGACCGUCUGUGACGACGGGUUUGGCAUAAACGACGCCCACGUGGUCUGCCGUCAGCUGGGGUACGGAAGAGCAGCCGAGGUCCGAAGGGCAGCUGCCUUCGGGGCGGGGUCAGGCCCGAUCUGGCUGGACGACGUGGCCUGUGAGGGUUCCGAGACGAGCAUCGAACACUGUGACCACAACGGAGGGGGCAAACAUGACUGUGGGCACACUGAGGAUGUUGGUGUGGUCUGCUUGGGUCCAACUACUGAGGUACCGACGACGCCGAGACAUACAACAUUUCUAACUAGCACGGAAGUACUUUCACAGACUACAUCCAUGCACAUUCCUUCUUCUGCCCAGCCGACACAACGGCCAACUUACCCUGAAACCACUGUUUCUCAGCACAUCAUGCGUGCACAGACCAAAGUUCCACAGCCGACAACACGGCCAACUCAUCCUGAAACCACUGUUUCUCAGCACGUCAUGCCUACACAGACCACACAUGUGAAGCGUACACAGACCACAGCUCCCCAGCCAACGCAACGGAAAACUCUUCCUUGGACCGCCGUUUCUCAGCAUGUGAAGCGUACACAGACCACCGUUCCCCAGCCAACACAACAUCCAACGUAUCCUGGAACCACUGUUUCUCAGAGCACGGCUCACCAGACGACAUGGCUAGCAGGGUGCGAAAUAUCGGGAUACAUAAACUUCAACGGAGUCUGCUACAAGGACUUCUCUGAUGUGAAGGUGAGUUACGCCGCGGCCAGACGGAGAUGUGCCGAGGACGGGGCGUUGCUAGCCAUGCCGAAAGACAGACGGAUCAACGAUUUUAUCUCCGCUUUCUAUCGUACCUACGGGGGCAUCUGGCUUGGCUUAACUGACGCCGACAGAGAAGGGCGAUGGGUUUUUGAGGACGGCACAAGUUUGGCGUCAACAGGCUUUUCCAACUGGGACUACGGUGAACCCAACAAUCAUAGAUUCGGCACAGAAGACUGCGCCGAGAUGUUAGAGCUCAGCUACGAAUGGAAUGACGUUGGGUGCUACCAGCCGUUGGGGUUCAUCUGUCAAUUAGACACAGCAGCAACGACCAUCGCUCCUGCGACCAGCGCUCAUGCGACCAGCGCUCCUACGACCAGUGCCCCUGGAUGUGGAGGCAUCCUGGCGGCUCCCCCUGGAGGUACUGUGACGUCACCGAACUACCCCAGUAACUACGGCGACCGUGCGACUUGUGAGUGGACGAUCACCGUGGCAGAAGGCAGCGUGGUUCUUCUUACGUUUGACAGCUUCAGCCUUGAGGAAGGUUAUGACUAUUUGACGAUAUACGAUGGAGGCAGUGAUACUGCUCCACGACUGCGGAGGUAA